AUGGAGGUAAUAGAAAAUCUUAUCAAGUUUGAAAUUGUCAAAAGUAAUUAUCAAGCAACAAUGGUUCAAUCAGCUGUUUUGGGUUUCCCCCGUAUUGGAGGACAAAGAGAAUUGAAGAAGGUCACCGAAUCUUACUGGAAGGGAGGUGUCUCUACUGAAGACCUUUUAACUAAGGGUAAGGAAUUGAGAGCUCACAACUGGAAGUUACAAAAGGAAGCUGGUGUUGAUGUUAUUGCAUCCAACGAUUUCUCCUUUUACGAUCAAGUUUUGGAUCUCUCUCUUUUGUUCAACGCCAUCCCAGAAAGAUACACCAAGUUUGAUUUGGCUCCUAUUGACAUUUUGUUUGCCAUGGGUAGAGGUUUGCAAAGAAAGGCCACUGAAACCACUGCUGCUGUUGACGUGACUGCUUUGGAAAUGGUUAAGUGGUUUGACUCUAACUACCAUUAUGUCAGACCUACUUUCUCCCACGCCACUGAGUUCAAGUUGAAUACAGCUGCUGGUGUCAAGCCAGUCGAUGAAUACUUGGAAGCCAAGGCUUUAGGUAUUGAAACCAGACCUGUCAUUGUUGGUCCCGUCUCUUAUUUGUUUUUGGGUAAGGCUGACAAGGACUCCUUGGACUUGGAACCAAUCUCUCUCUUGGAUAAGGUUUUGCCUGUUUACAAGGAAUUGUUGUCUAAAUUGAAGGCUGCUGGUGCAACUCAAGUUCAAAUUGAUGAACCUAUCUUGGUUUUGGACUUGCCUCAAGAAGUUCAAGACAAGUUUGCAGUUGCUUACAAGGAAUUGGCUUCUGCUGACGUUCCUGAAUUGAUCUUCACCACUUAUUUCGGUGAUGUCAGACCAAACUUGGCUGCCUUGAAGGACUUGCCAGUUUCUGGUUUCCAUUUCGACUUUGUCAGAGGUGCUGAACAAUUUGACGAAGUUGUCGAUGCCUUGAUUGUCGGUACCAACAAGACCUUGUCUGUUGGUAUUGUUGACGGUAGAAACAUUUGGAAGAAUGACUUCUCCAAGUCCACUGCUUUGAUUUCUAAGGCCAUUGAAAAGGUUGGUGCUGAUAAGGUUGUUGUUGCUACCUCUUCUUCUUUGUUACACACUCCUGUUGAUUUGGAAAACGAAAAGAAGUUGGAUGCCACCAUCAAGGACUGGUUCUCCUUUGCUACCCAAAAGGUUGAUGAGGUUGUUACUUUAGCCAAGAAUGCUUCUGGUGAAGAUGUUUCUCAAAAGUUUGCUGCCAACGCUGCUUCCAUUAAAUCCAGAAAGGAAUCUUCAAUCACAACCAACCCUAAGGUUCAAGAAAGAAUGGCUACCAUCAACGAAGCUCUUUCCACCAGAAAGUCUCCAUUCCCAGAAAGAUUGGCUGUUCAACAAACCAAGUACAACUUGCCAUUGUUCCCAACCACCACCAUUGGUUCUUUCCCUCAAACCAAGGAUAUCAGAAUCAACAGAAACAAGUUUGCCAAGGGUGAAUUGUCCGCUGAAGAUUAUGAUGCUUUCAUCAGAUCUGAAAUCGACUUGGUUGUUAAAUUCCAAGAAGAAGUUGGUUUGGAUGUCUUGGUCCAUGGUGAGCCAGAAAGAAACGAUAUGGUUCAAUACUUUGGUGAACAAUUGGAUGGUUACGCCUUCACCACCAACGGUUGGGUUCAAUCUUAUGGUUCUCGUUAUGUUCGUCCUCCAGUGAUUGUCGGUGAUGUUUCUCGUCCAAAGGCUAUGACUGUUAAGGAAUCUGUCUAUGCUCAAUCCAUUACUUCUAAGCCAAUGAAGGGUAUGUUAACUGGUCCCGUCACUUGUUUGAGAUGGUCAUUCCCUCGUGAUGACGUUUCCCAAAAGGUUCAAUCCUUGCAAUUGGGUUUGGCCUUGAGAGAUGAAGUCCAAGACUUGGAAGCUGCUGGUAUCACUGUCAUUCAAGUUGACGAACCUGCCAUCAGAGAAGGUUUACCAUUGAGAGCUGGUAAGGAAAGAUCCGAUUACUUGAACUGGGCUGCUCAAUCCUUUAGAGUUGCUACUUCAGGUGUUGAAAACUCCACUCAAAUCCACUCUCAUUUCUGUUACUCUGAUUUGGAUCCUAACCAUAUCAAGGCCUUGGAUGCUGAUGUUGUCUCUAUUGAAUUCUCCAAGAAGGACGAUGCCAACUACAUUCAAGAAUUCUCCAACUACCCUAACCACAUUGGUUUGGGAUUGUUUGAUAUCCACUCCCCAAGAAUUCCUUCCAAGGAAGAGUUUAUUUCUCGUAUCGAAGAAAUCUUGAAGGUUUACCCUGCUGAAAAGUUCUGGGUCAAUCCUGAUUGUGGUUUGAAGACCAGAGGUUGGGAAGAAGUUAGAGCUUCUUUGACCAACAUGGUUGAAGCUGCCAAGUACUUCCGUGAGAAGUCUGCUUAA